UUACUGCACUUGACUCAGCGCUCGACUGCUUAGCCUGCUUGCUCCUGCUGGGAUCGGAACGAGUGUCCGGCUGCGGCCGCCGCCGAGCCGAGCUGAGCGCACCAAACGGAGGCCGCCCUCAUCCAACGUCCUGUUUGAAACAAGUAGGAGAUGAUCCACCGAUCCCUGGCCGUCCGUCUGCAGCUGCCCGCCUGACACUAUGGGCUGCACUUCUGCCAAGCAUGUGUCUACAGUGCCAAGUGACGAGGAGGGAGGCAAAGGGAAGACCUACCACAAUGGUGACGUCUUUGGAGAUGAGUACAAGGCUAAGACGGUGGAGGAAGUCAAGUACAUGCAUUGUGAAGAGGAGCGGGUAGCGACACGGAACCAGGACAAUUUGGAGAAGAGUGCCACCUCCAACCGGGCCAGAGGCCAGAAGGAUGGCAUGGGGAUAGGCAACUCCCAGAGAUCCAAGUGUGUGCCGUCCUGGCAAGUUGGACCAUUCACACGUCUGAGAGUCAGCAAGAAUUCUUUCGAAUGCUGGAUGAGAAAAUUGAGAAGGGGCGCGACUACUGUUCAGAGGAGGAGGACGUCACAUAAGAAGCGGGCCACGGGCCUCUCUUUGUACAUAAAGACUUUCAAACGGGCUACGGCCGGGGUGGCCCUGGAAUCGGCACGUAUGGGCUGCUUCUUGCCAUAUGCUGGGACUCGUGCCAUGGAUUGGGCCCCGUGGGGGACACAUGCCAGCCCGACGGCUCCGGAGGGGGCCAUGUACACAGUUGUAUUCUUUUCACUUUCUAUUGAAAUAAACAGUGUUGUUUUUAGGGUGGCCUCCUUGUGUGUCAUUGCAAUCACCCGUAAUAAAAGCACCUUUCGUGUAUCAGGCUGGAUGGUAUGCCCAGGCGUGGAGGCUGCAACGGACGAAUGACUCCCAUCGAGUCGUCUCAAGCUCACACAACGUCCCGUGCGUUAGGGGGGGCCGGCAGCUGCCCCAGGACACACACACCCACCCACCCCUCGUCCCAACUGCACCUGAGCCAACAAGAUGAUCCCUACACCAGUGCAUCACUUUAUUAAAGUUCAAUAAAUUACGGCUUAAACACACGCCUGCUCUUUGCUCCCUUAGGCCUUGGCCAUGCCCAUGACUGCUGCAU